AUGGCCCUCCCGCCCCCCUCCUACCCUCCCUCCUGCCCUCCCUCCCCCCUGAUGGUGGGCAUCCUCCUCUUCCCCGACCUGACCGCCCUCGACGCCCUCGGCCCCUUCGAAGUCUUUGCUCGCGCCCCCGAUACCCGCGUCCUCCUCGUCUCCUCCGCCCCUUCCUCCCCCCCGCCCUCCGCCCCGCCCUCCCCCGUCACCAGCGACGCCGGCCUCCUCCUCCUCCCCCACGUCCCCUCCCUCGCCCUCUGCCCCCCCCUCCACGUCCUCCUCGUCCCGGGGGGGCCCGGGCAGGUGGCGAUGAUGGAAGACGAACACGUGUUGGCUUGGAUCGAGCACCAGGCGCGCACGUCCUGCAUGUACGUCACGAGUGUCUGCACGGGGUCCCUGGUACUGGCCGCGGUGGGGAAACGGGAAAACAAAGGGAGAGGAGGUUUGCUUUUACAAAGGGACGGGGUGAGGGCGACGACACAUUGGAUGUUUCUCGAUCAACUCCGGCAGAUGGGGGUGGAGGCGGUCAAAGGUGAGCGCGUGGUCCGAACCACGACCACGGUGCCCUGCUGGGAGGAGGGAAAGGCGGAGGCAGGGGGGAAGACGAGGGAUGUUGUGAUUUAUACAGGAGGCGGCGUCACAGCGGGGAUUGAUUUCGCCUUCGCAGUGAAGCACUGCAUGCUUAUGCCUCCCACAAUUUUCCCGCAUCAAGUCCCGGCUCUCGCAAAGACGCGCGUGGGUACUGCUCCCUCUUCAUCGUCUUCUGCUUCCACUGCCACAGGCUGGCGGCUCUUGGCAGUAGCCAGCGUGCUUUCUAUUUGGAUUGUGACCAAGCUGUUGGAAAGCGAGACACUCCCGAAAGUGCACGCAGAGGAGGGGGAGGAGGGCUUCGGUACCGGGGCGGCCGAGAAAGGGAGAAAGAGGAGGAAAACGAGUGGAUGGAAAGGCUGGUGGGGUGCAUGGGGAGAGAGUGUGGAGGAAGAAGAAGAGGAGGAGGAUGCAGCGGCAGAGGGUGGGCGGGAAGCUCGGGCAGAGGCGUGGGCGGAGUUGGAGCAUGCCUUCAGUGUAUUCCCGGAUGAAGAACGGGCUCGACAGCUGGUGGAGUUGGCGCGCAUGAGGCGGGAAGAGGCACGGAGGUUGGCUGAGGGGGAUUGA